AUGACUGGAAUAAUUAAGAGAGCUUUUUGGGAUGCCCCAGAGGGCCAAAUUCACUACCGCUACAUCCUCACCACUGCAACUGAGAAAAAGGCACCCGUAGUCUUUCUGCAUCAAUCUGCAUCAUGUGGGUGGUCCUACCAGUCGAUGAUGAAGCAGUACGCUGAGCGUGGGCACGAUUGCUACGCACCAGACAUGCCAGGGUUUGGGUGCUCGUAUGACCCGCCUGAGGAUCCGGCAAGUACCAGAUACUACGUUGAUAUCUGGAUGGGACUAUUUCGCCACCUGAAACUGCCUAAAAUGCAUUUAAUUGGACACCACUCCGGCUCUGCUCAUGCUAUGGAAUUGGCAGCCAUCUAUCCUACUGAGAUUUUUACUGUCGCUCUCUCGGGACCAGCGUUGAUGAGUGAAGAAGAACAGGCGGCUUCAUACAAGAUCAUUGGAGGCGAAUGGAGCAAGGUCUGGAAUACACUAAAUGGACCGCUUUGGGACACCCUCGAGCUGAAGAAUCACGAAGUUAUCGACAGUCUCCGCGCUUGGAAGGGUCGUGACCAGGCGUAUGGCGUGUCUUUUUUUCAGCCAAAGCUGAAAUACUUCAAGAGCAUUACGAUUCCAAUCCUAGCCAUGUGUUCGAGGGACGAUAUCCUUUGGCCUUGCUUUCACUAUUGCAAGGAACUGCAACCGGAGGCGCGAUGUGAGGUGACGAAAGGUAACUUGUUUGAGAAUGGCAAGGAAGUCGAAGGAAGCAUUUCUUAUUAUCAUAUGGACUUUUUGGACAAGCUGGGCGCAUGAUGACAGUUAGCAGAGAAUUGAUGAGAUCGCUGAGCGAGCAUUUAUG